AAGAAAAGUGUAAAGUAGCGAGUUUGACAGUUCGCGAAAUAUAUAGGAGAGAACGGAGAGAAGGUUCUCGCUCGCACAAACAAAAGUGGAAUCCUGAAGAAAGGAAAGGAAAAAACGCGCAGUGAAAAAAGUCAUUUUUAUUUGCGAGUUUCCGUUGCGAACGAGUCACACAAAUGUUAAAAUGUUUAAGCGUUCGAUAUCGUGGUUUAUUCUUGUUUUUACGCUGCUAGAGUUCGUCGUAAGAACACAGUUAACAGCAUACGACAAUAGUCAUGGUUUCAUUUCCAACAAUCAUGACAGGUUUUUGGCCAACGAAAUAUCUUCUAUGCAAGAGGAACUUGCUUCUGAUAUCAGGAGUGCAACAUUAAACAAACUCAGCAUUAAAAUGCAACUGAAAUUUGAUCCUGAGUUUCUAGACUUCAAACAAAGGCCCUUGGGAAUGCCUCAUCUUGAGAAGGUGACACUUUACAACAUAGACAGAAACCGCAGCAUUGAUAUGACUUCAAUUUCUGGCAACACAGUGCACUUUCAUAGCUCAUUUUUUGAGGAUAAGAAAAUACCACCUCUGGGAAAUACAACCUUUAGAGUGGUUUUCUUAGGCAGAGAGGAGGGUGCUGUCGAAAGCAACUUAUUUAUUCACACCACUGAGGGACACUUCAAAUACCAUGUGAAGGGUGCAAGUAUCUACAGCCCCUACCGUUUACGUCCAAUAGUGGGUGUUAAAUUACCAGUUAACGCUUUCUUCUCGCCUCUUAUCUACUUAUAUAACCCGCACUUGGAACCCAUACAGAUUGUUGAAAUUUACAGUAGCGGUGGCGAUUUCCAUUUAGAACUACCCUCUGGGGAACUAGAAGGCCCCAAGGAUAUCUGGGAGAUACCUCCACUGCAAACCAAAGCUGUAAUAAAAGUUUGCUUUUUAGCCAAAGUCGAACAAAACCAUACAGCGUUUGUCAGAAUUAAAUUAAACAACACUAAUGAUUAUCUCGUGGUGCCAUUAGAGGUGGAAGUAACUCAACAGGCUAUGUUAUUUCCGCCGCAAGCGUAUGUGGAUUUUGGAGUUGGCGGUUCUUUAGACCCAGAAAAGGAAGUCGCUUUAAAUCUGAGUAAUCCGUUUAAGAAGUCUAUUAAGAUUCACUCGAUUACAACCACUUCAAAAGCUAUCAAAAUCAUAUAUGAUAAUGCCAAAUUGAGCAGCAGCAAGAAAGCUGAUGCCGAGAGUGCAGAAGUUGCAAUUUUAAAGUUAAAUUGGAAAACUGCGUUUGAGACUUCCGAUUUCUCUGGGAAAAUUGUUAUUAAAUACAAGAACAGUAAAAUUAAAACUGAAAUCCCUUACUAUAUUUCGGUCGUCGAAGGUGGGCUGAGCGUGAACACUUCGACUACUCGAUACUUUAUUAGCGAUAAGUCCGAUAAAGGUGGAAAUGUUAGAAAAAUAAAUGUUAGGAAUGAUUUCUUGACGCCAAUUAUGUUAAUUAAUGUUACGUUAUCUGAAGAAGCUCAAAAGUUUUUCCAUAUUUCAAAUUUUAUGUCUCAAGUAUUGAAAGAAAGGGAGGAGAAGGUGGUUUUCAAUUUAAAAAUGAAUCCUGGUGUAAAUUUAGCCGAUUUGAAGUUAAACACGCACAUUCAUGUCGUUACAAAUGUGUCGAAUUUUCAAUUUCCGCUGGUUACUUAUAAUGGAAAGUUUGAUUUGAAAUUGCCAUAUAGAAGUAAGGAUAACUCAUUGGAUUUAGGCUUAGUCAGCACUGACAGUCGGAAAGAUACUUAUAUAUUAUUAGUUAACAAUAACCCAGUGUCUAUAGCUGUGAAACAGUUGUUAACUUCAUUGUCUUCUAGUAGUGUGGAAAUUUUAGGAUGUGGGAAAGGGGAUUUAGACAGAGCGCUUCUGCAAGAUACUUAUAAAAAUAUUACUAAAUGUAUGUCUGUUAAAAGUGGAGAAUAUGCUGUUUUAAAAUUAAUCGUUAGAACAGGUAGAAUAGAGAUGCAGAUAUGGGGCGAUAUUACUGUCCAUACCCAAUACGAGUUGCUGUCCAUACCGAUGCAUUUUAAAGUGGCCCAUGGAAAAUUGGAAAUUGGACCAGAUCGAUUGGUUUUUGAUCAAUGUUUCCCCGGCAAAAUUUGCUCUCAUCCAUUACGUGUUCAUUCAACAUUUAGUGAUCCGAUGGUGAUCGAAGAGAUUUUGAACAUACCCCCUGAUUCUCGUAUAACGAGUAAACAUUCGGGCCACAUCACUGCCAGGGCAACCAAAAUCAUAGGACACUUGUAUUUGGAUCCGACGAUGCAUUGCAUGAAUGAAUGCUAUUUAGGAUUCAACGAGGAGCACAUGGCAAAUUGGUGGAAAACGUGGACCUUAACUAGAGCAACAACAGAAUUUGAUUUGAAUCUAGUCAAUACAUUGUACAAUCGGUACUUGAAUCAAACUUGGAAUGGUUUGAAGCGCUGGCAGAAUUUGACCAUGCGUCUGGAUACCUCUGAAGUAAAAGGGCACAUGUUUAAAACUCGCGUGAAGAUGAGUUGGCCUAGUUUGUUGUUGGACCAGACGUUCGAGAACAAAACAAGCUAUGUAUUCCCACUAACGCAAGUGGGAAACAUAACGUACAGGAACAUAACAUUGAAGAAUCCAUCGAGUUAUGAUCUCUUCAUACAAGUAAUCAUUGAUCAAUUUUAUCCAAAUUUCGAUGUGCUAUUUGAGGGUCUGCCUCCAGUUUUUGUAUCACCCGGAGUAACUAAGCGAUCGAAGCACGGUUUCUUUUUGGAGACAGAAAUGGCAAGUACUUGCGACAGUGAUAUGUUAAUGCAAGAGACGUCAAUGAAUAUUCGGCUAAAACCCAAUGAGAACUACAGUUUUCGUAUUGGAUUUAAAGCGCUCGAUGCAACAAGUAAUUCAGGUUUUGUAUUUUUACGAAACAACUUGACUGUUCUCGAAGUGCUUCACCUAAGCGGUAAAGGAGCUUUUCCGAAUUUCAAAUUCGGUAACAGGAAACCGGGCAGUAGUCAGGCCUUGGUUUUCGAGUUGACCGAUAAACAUUUGAAAGAAUGUGAGUGGGAAAAGGGAAAAAGAUUUUCCCUUUCCGCAUUGACAAUAAAAAGGUCUUUUACCGCUCGGAACACAGGGGAUAUUCCGGUUUACAUUAACGCCUAUUAUAUAAACUUGCUGCCAUGCGAAGGUUAUGGAUUCAAGGUUCUCAAUUGUGAACCAGUGGUGCUGCCACCGAAUGGAACAAAGAAGAUUGAUAUUGCUUUUACACCCGAUUUUACUUUGGCCAAAAUUACGAGGACUCUGAUCCUCCGUACUAGUCUUAAUUAUCCAGUUAAUUACACUUUAGUCACAACAGUUCCUUCGUACUAUUUAGCCAUAUGUUCAAACAUUAUUCCACGUCCAUCAUGGGAACGGAUUCUGUACUGUGUUUGCUGGAUUUCUAUGGUUUUGCUCCUCGCAUUUGUGGUGGUGAUGCCAAUAGUUGAGUCCGAGCAUAUUCUCAAGGACACAAUUGGCGCCCCUCGUCAGAAUAACACGCAGCACACUUUAAAUCUGAAACUAAUUGGAGCACAGACACGAUCAGAAAUGCACGUCAAUAAAGCAGAAACCGAGUCUCAACCAAAGAAAAUUGAAAAUGUGCCCAAAUUAGAAGAAGCUAAACAGGAAAAGUAUACCGCGGUUAUUCCGGCAACGGGAAAGAGCAAAAAGAAAUGUCCAAAGAGAACGGACGUACAAGAGAGGGAAAAUCGUCGAAAGUGUUGGCUAGAAAUGCAGAAACACAAACACGAGGAGCGCGGACUGAAGAAAUCGCCACAGCCAAAAAAAGUGGAAGAACCUAAAGUUGUUUACGAAGAAGAGACUUCUUCCACGACAACAGAAAGUAGCAGUAAUAACGAGGAUGUAGAAAAACAUCAUAAAAAGGAAUGUAACAAAGUUAUUAAACCUUGCAGUAGCAGCAGCAGUAGCAAGAGUGACUUGGCCAAAGAAGAACCACAACAACAUACCAAGCUGGAGAGAAAGAAAUCUUUCCCGAAAUCGAAUAAGGUAUUAGGAAACGUCAACAAUAACAACGGCAAGCUUCCAGAAAAAAAUGAAACUGCCAUAAAGCAAAACACCGAGCUUAAAGUUAAAACUGGUAAGAAGGAUAAAAAGGAUAAACAGAAAGACAGUAGUAGUAUUAAUAAAAAAGUUACUGUUCCGAAACCUGUGGAAAAUCCAAGCCCAACAUUGCACGUCAGCGGGGUUGUUAUCAACAGCAGUGGCAAUAACAGCAAUGCUAACAAUACUACCAGCAGCAUCUGGGGUGAAAAUAAAGCAUCGUUCAGCGACGUUGUUGCGAGAAGUGAUUCUGCUAAUCAAAACUCAGUGCUAACAGUCGUGGCAAAAUCUCCAACUGGUAUUGGAAGUACACAAGCAACGAAACCUACAAUGUAUGUAGAGCCAUAUAAACAACCUGCAACUGGAUUGGGACCCAUCGGACCCAGAAAACAUGAUCUCUGGCAGGAUUUUACUUCUACGACCGCUCAAACGGACACAAAUGUUGCUUCAUUUGAUAGUUUUUGCACAGAGGCUUUGGCUGCUGAGAGUUCUCAAGCGUUCUUGGAUAUCGACAAUACCAGAGAUCCGUGGCCCUCAAGAAUCACAAACUCGUCAUACUUUAAUCCGAGUCAUUCUGUGACAAACGGCAAUAAUAACUCUUUAUUGCAAGACUCAUGGAUGAUGCCGCAAAACAAUGUUAGGUCUACUAACAACCACUGGAGCAAUUUUGGAGGUAGUGAUGUUCAGAACAAUAAUUCUGGAUAUCUAUGGGGUACAUCCAGUGUGUGGCAAUGGAAUCCUCCGGAGCCACCACGGACUCCUACCAGAACUCCACCUGGUUUUCCACCGCACAGAGAAGACGAAGAGAGCCAAAGGCAACAACAGCAAACAAAUACCAUGAGCUACGACAACCCGUUCAAUAUAAGCAGCAUUUGGACACAACACCGCAAUUCAUGGAACUAUCCCCAGGAACAAUGAAUAUAAAUAAAUAUAGAUAUCUAGGGGUUCAAUUAGCGUCUUUGAGGGCCGUUUGCACUUACACUGUUUCAAUUUUUAUUUGUUUCCAAUGUUAUUAUCUUGUUGUGUUUACUACUAUUUUUUUUCUCCUUAAUCUCGGAAUGGUUUAUUAAGACUGCUGUACUCAUACAAAUACUCAUAUUUUAUUGAGACCCUAGACAUUUAUUUUCUUAUUUAUUUGAAAACGUAAAAAAGUGAACGAAAGAAGAAAUAAUAA